AAGAAGAAGAAUCAUGAGGAGCACGAGGAUCAUGUGACGGUCCCGUUCGUCACGUGAUCGGCCUCUCUCCGGUGCUGUGGACUUUCCGGUGAUCUGGAGCGGGCUCUGCGGCUCUCGUGUCCCCGGUGUGUCCGCUCUGUGCCCGCUCUGUGGUGGAGGAUGCAGUUCCGCGCGGAGGAGGCGGCGGUGGUGGAGAAGGCCGUGCGUCUCGCCAUCGAGUCCGUGAUGAACGUGCUGUGCGCCGUGAACAGCGCGCGCACGCACGAGCUGCAGCGGCUGGUGGCGGACAAAGAGCAGGAGAUCCGGAGGCUGGAGGAGCGGGUCCGGGAGGCCGAGGGGGAGCUGAGGAUGCUGCGGCGGUGGUGGUCCCCGAGCCGCGCCCCGGAGCAGAGCGCAGGAGCGGGAGGAGCGGGAGGAGGAACAGGAGGAGACCCGGAGGACAGCGCCGAGCAGCGGGAGUGUGAAGUCCGAGUCUCCCUGGCUCUGAUGACGGGAGCAGCUUCUCAAGAUCCUCCUGAAGGACUGGAGCCGGACCAGACCUGCUCGCCCAAAGACCACAGCGUCCACGUCCCCGUCCCCCAGCCGCUCCCCUGUCCCCCGGAAUCCCCCGCGUGCCCGUCUGAAGGUCCGGUCCCCCACGCGCCCCCCGGCUCCUGCGACGUCCCUCAGGAGCCGGCGUGUCCUCCUCCUCCUGAAGGACGGGCGGAGUCCCAGGGCCCCGGCGGGAGCAGAGCGGUGAAGCAGGAGCCGCUCUUCUCCAGCCCCGUGCAGAUCAAGCAGGAGCCUUUCUGUCCGGACUACGAGUUUGUCCAACAGGAGGACGGGACCACGGUCUUUCUCCAGAGGGACAUGAGCGAGGACGUGUCCCCCACUGUCCAGGAUAUUCUGGGACACGAGCUGUGGCAGAGUUCGGCCGCUGGACCUGAGGACGUCUCCAUGUCCGUCCCUCAUCCUGUGGCCGUCCUCAGGGGGAAGUCGGCGGUGCCCAGGAGGGAUCAGUCUGAGGAGGCCAUGCGGCGGCGCAGGGCCUCGUGGAGAGCGGCGUCCCGGAGGUAUUACGCCCGUAAGAUGGCGCGGCUCCACACCCACGCGCCCGGCAGCUCCGCCCCGGGAACCUCCGCCCCCCUGUACCCCCCCUGCCACCCCGGGCCCCAGAGCGGCGUCCACCUCCAGCCCCACAGCCAGCCGUGGUCGUCCAGGGGCUACUCCUCGUGUGAACUGACCCCGGACCCCCUCAGACCCCUGCAGGAGCUCCAGAGACCCGCCCAGGACUGGCCCAGACCCCCCACGCAGAGCGGAUCAACACUUCUGUGACACUACUUAAAGCUCCAGUGUGUAACUUUACUUUUGGAGGCUUCGUCAAAUGCUUUUUUUUCAUGGAGAUGUUGUUGCUUUGUCUUGAAUGUUCCACAGUGUGACUUUAAACAGCUCCACUUCAAUAUUACAGGUGGUUUUAUAGCUCAAAAACGCCUCAAAAAACAGAUAGAAGAUAGAAACUGUGGAACAUUCCAAUCUUCAUGGAGACCAAAGCCAGACCAAGAUCCAGGUCAGAUCUGUGGAGAGGCGACCCCACUCACACUCACAAUGUUUGUUUUUCGAGGUGUUUUUGAGCGAAUAAAACCACCUGUAAUAUUUUUUUUUAAAGUUUAAAGUCACACUGUGGAACAUUCCAGGCAGAGUAAUGACGUCUCCAUAGAAACAAUCAGGUGAUGGACCCUGCAAACAAAAAGUUACACAGUUCAUAGUUCAUUCCUGCACUAAAGGACAGAGUCGACUUUCACAUUUCCUCCAAACUCUUCAUGUUUACAGGUCUCAGUCUUAAAGCCGCUCUGCCUGAUUUUUACUCUAAAAACUACAAAACUUUACAUCCGUCAGUUUUCUUCUGCUUUUCCGGGGUCGGGUCGCGGGGGCGUCAAUCUUAGCAGGGACUCCCAGACUUUCUUCACCCCAGACACUUCCUCCAGCUCCUCCGGGGCAACCUCGAGUCAUUCCCAGGCCAGUCCAGAGACAUCGUCCCUCCAGUGUGUCCUGGGUCGUCCCCGGGGCCUCCUCCUGGUGGGACAUGCCUCCUCGACGUGGAGGAGCAGCGGCUCUACUCCGAGCUCCUCCUGUGUGACCGAGCUCCUCACUCUGUCUCUAAUGCCGGACGUAAACUGUUUAAUGUUUUCGAUCGUUUCAUUCAGCCUCAGCUCAAACUGUUCGACUAAAUCACAGAGUUUAAAAGUUCACAGAUCAUGAUUCAUGUUCUCACACUGAACGAACGACUUCAGCAGAGAAACUGGCCACUGGAUUCAAACAGGUUUGAUUUUCUUGCAACCUACGAUUGCUGAUCGGGAACUGGUCGUGAGGUAAUACCGUGAUUUUUCGGACUAUAAGUCAGUCCGGAGUAUAAGUCGCACCAGCCAAAAAAUGCAUAAUGAAGAAGAAAAUAAACAUAUAGUGUCACUUUUUGGGGGAAAUGUAUUUUAUAAAACCAGAGAUCAGGAGCAGACAUUUCCUGUGUAAAGUGAAGUUGUAGUAAAAACACUAGAAGAGAGAAGAACAGACUGUUAACGUCACAUAUUUCACAGUUCUUCAGAUAAACUAUAAACAACAGAACAGAACAAGUUUAACCAAACUCUCCGUCUCACUCCAAAUCAAUAAAUCACUUCAGUUCUUCAUCCUCAUGUCACUUCUGAACAACUCGACCUCCGGAGGGAAACAGAGCGACGCAAACUCUUCUGUGUCGCUGUCGUCAGACUCAGACUCAGUUCCAGUUCAGGCUGUAACAAUUUCCAAAUCUCACGGUUGGAUAUUUAUUUCAGUAUUUUGGAGAGGUUAAUAUAAUUGUAGAUGUGACACUUUUUUACUUUUAAAAACACCUUGACAAGAUUUUGGUGUGAAUUAUUUCCGUCAUAAUCCCAAGAAUUCAAGUAAAAAACAUGUUUCUUCAUGUUUUCUGUGGUGAAAUGAAUCAUGGGAAAUGUAGUUCCUGAUGUUCAUAAUCUAUCAGUUCUAUAAAACUAUGAAUUUAAGCAAAGGAACUUGUGAUUCGAGAUAUUGUGACAGUCCACGAUGUUAUUGUGAGACUUUUGACGAUAUUUCAGUUACUGUUACAUCCCUAGUUCCAGUUAGAAUUAUCGGGGUCUUUCUGAAUCCCGACAGGAUGGUUUCGGCGUCACUGAAGUCCAGACUUUGUCCAUCACCCAGUGACUUCAGGAAAGUUUCAUGGUUCAUCCUCCACAAGUCACAAGUUUCUCUCUCACUCUAAACUUUCUUUCUGCUGCUCCAUUUCCGUUUUCAGCAGCAGAUUUCACGACUCGCAGCAGGACAGUGUUUUUUCCUGCAGGAGACAUGCUCAGUAAAGGGUCUGUGACUUUACUGCGCUAUGACUGACACAGGAGCGUGUACAGGAGUAACAGUCGCACUAGACACUGACACACAAGACUAGAGCCUCUCGCGACUGUCAGUGUGAAAAUUUAAAUAUAUAAAUCACACCAGAGAAUAAGUCACAGGAAACAUCCAAACCAUGAAUAAAAGUGCGACUUAUAGUCCGAAAACUACGGUAAUCGGUUCUCGUUACUCCAUGUUUACUGCACGAAGCACGACACACGAUUAUGUGAAAACUCUGAUCCCAAAAACAGACGCACGAGUGAAAAAUCGUCUCAAAAAAGGUCAAAAAUCACACAGUGUACGUCCGGACUUG